UGAAAAAUAGUCGUUAAAAAUACAACGUGCGCCAGUUUUGUUAGCAGUUCAGGCUUUGCUUAGACAUCGGAUGGCCACUAAUGCUUUAAAGACUUUUUCCGCCGAACUCGGAGCCUCACACUGAUCAUUGAAAUUUAGCGAGUGCAGGUACGCGGAUUUGCCGACAUGAGAAUUAUAGACUUUGUUGGCGUCCUGCAGCUCAUGUGUCUGUUCCUAUGCUGCCACAGUGGUAAAUUGCCAAAAUAUCAAGCUAUCGUUUACCCUGAGGUAUUUGAUGCACGUGACGAUGAAGACACUACAGUUCUCAGAAUCAAUGAUGAUAUAACUCUCCACCUAAAACCAAGCUCCGUCCUACACCCGGAGUUCUUUUUGAGGACCUAUCGUCAAGGAGUUCCACAGCACACCUAUUUUAACGUCGAAGCUCUUGAGCAAAAUUUGUACGACGACGAAAAACGUCUGGCAGCAGUCAUAAUGACCGAAGAAGACGGCGCUUUGCAACUGAAAGGCGUCGUUGGCCCAAAUUUGAAAAUUAUGCCGGCCGUGGGCAUGGAACGAUCAGAAGAUGGUCAUCACCCCCAUAUCCUUGAAACCAUUCAUGACACCGACAACGAUUAUGUUUAUGGUAAACUGCCAGAGGAAGGGCUAACACAGCUUUCUGCCCGCUACUUGCAGUUAGAUUCAAGUGCUUACAACAUCGACACUGUGUACCCAGAAGUAUUUGUGGUUAUUGACUCUGAGUUUUAUCGAGAAUUCAAAAGCUAUGAGGACAUGCUAUUCUACAUGUUGGUAGAAUUCAAAGUUGUGAACCUCCGUUAUAGGACAGUGUCGCAGCCGAAAAUUCAGCCCGUCUAUCGCGGCAUUGAAAUCACCACCUAUAAACAAGAGCACAAAUACUUUACUUAUAUAGGCGCUGGAAUAAAUGCCCUUAAAUCACUAUAUGCCAUUGGUGAGUUUGUGAAGGAAAACAAUGACACCUACGGAAUGUACGACAUGGUGUACUUCAUAACAGGGAGAGAUAUGAUUGCCGUAGAAGGAUCGAGGCAAGAAAGCGUACUUCAAGGGUUCGCCUUUGUGGCGUCUGCUUGCACUGACAAGCGUCAACAGCUAGGCGAGGACAAAGCAUACAGUUAUAUCGGCAUUCGCAUCAUGGCACAUGAAAUGGGGCAUACGUUGGGCUGCUCACACGACGGUACAAAUGUCGAUGGUAUAAUUCGGUCAUUCAAGUCGGACUCGUCAAACUGUCCCUGGCAAGAUGGCUACAUCAUGAGCUAUAUCGAAGAGGACAGCAGAAGCUAUCAGUUUUCUUCUUGUUGUAAUUAUAUGAUGUCUUUAGUGUCAUGGUCAGUUGAAGCUUCUUGUUUGCGGAAGAAUGAGACGAUCACAAAAAUAGAAAAAAUAAAAAAGACAAUUUAUUUGCCUGGACAAAUGCUAGAUAAAGACACGCAAUGCAGAAUGACAUAUCCCACAUUGAGAGACACGUAUUACAUGAAGAAGUUCGGUGUCGAACAGUGCGUAGCACAGUGUUAUGUCAACGGGAGACAAUUCAGUGCCUCUGACUCUCAUUGGCCUAUGCUUCUCAUCGAUGGCAGCGUGUGUGAUUACGCGACCAAUAGGGUAUGUAUUAACGGGAGAUGUGUCCCGGCCUCCCUUCCCAAAUAUAAACCCAAGAAAAAGAAAAACAAGAAAUUGAAGGAAACCCACAAGAAAAAACAUAAGAAGAGCACUAGCAAGAAAACUAAGAGAAACAGCAAAGAAAAUAACAGCGUAAAUGAACGGGGUACGAAAGCCACUGCUGAAUAAAGAAAAUAAAUAAUCAGCG